GCUACGACGUGGCACAGAAUGCCUUCACCUCGAGUCGCUUUACGCACCAAAAUAGAGAAUCGGGAAGUGUCGAUAAUGAAGUGAAUAGCAUAAGAGGGGCAGGUGUAUCGUCACUUCUGCGUUUGGAGAUCCCAAGCUAGUUCGCGCCUGACCUUUGUCCUCCUUCCACGUCGAUGAACGUAAACAGAAAGCUCGCCUAGUUCACGCGACUACCUCCCUCACAACAGCUUCGUCGCGAAUUGUCCAGACACACCAAAAUGGACGUCGAAAAAGUCUCCAGUACGCCAAUGGCUCUAGACUCCAUCAACAUCGCGGACGAUGAAAAAAAGUCGGCCCAGUUGACUACUCGACCCGAGACGAGUCCCACUACAGCGCCCGGCAUUGCAACAUGGAAGUUGGUGUGCUUGUAUAGCAGUAUAUGCAUCGGGCUCUUCCUGUCGUUCCUGGAUACAUCAAUCAUCGCAACUGCCAUCUACACAAUUGGGGUCGACUUCCAGUCCUUAUCCAAGGUGAAUUGGAUUGCCUUAUCUUACACACUCGCGUACAUUGGCUGCACCGCCAUCUUCGCCAGUCUCUCCGACGUAAUUGGCCGUCGCAAUGCUUACAUCGCCGCCUAUGUCAUCUUCCUCGCCUUUUCAGUCGGCUGUGGCUUCGCUCAAUCUCUCGAGCAGCUCAUCGCUAUGCGUGCGCUACAGGGAGUGGGUGGUUCGGGCUUGUAUUCAGUAGGGUUCGUCGUCUUGGGCGAGAUCAGCCCGCCGCGCGUGAUCGGUAUGCUGGGAGCUAUGGCGGGAGCCAUUAUUGCGAUGUCGGGUAUCCUAGGGCCAGUGCUGGGCGGUGUCAUCACCAACUAUACGUCCUGGCGGUGGAUAUUCUGGAUAAAUGCCCCGAUUGGAAUCAUUCCGUUGAUCCUUUUCGUACUGGUGUGGUCCAACGAUGCUCUCAUCCACAGCACCAGUCCUCGCAGAUUCAAACAGAUCGACUUCCUGGGUUUCGUUCUCUUGGUUGCUGCCUCGGUGCCCUUUGUCAUUUCGUUUCAGCAAGCUGGGAUCCACAUCCUCAUGAACAGCUCCAUCUGGUCGUCUGCUCUCUUCGUCGCCCCGCUCAUCGUUGGCGUGCUCUGCUUUGCCGCACUCUUCACGUGGGAGUGGUUCAUUGCAAAACGUUGGCCUGACGCUAUUGCUGCACUCUUCCCCAUGCGACUAGCGAAAAACAGAGUCUACAUGUCAGCACUUGCGACGACCAUGUUGACAGGCUUCCCUUACUUCGUUAUCAUAUACUCGCUGCCAACACGGUUCCAGGUUGUCAACGGGAAGAGUGCUCUUGGGUCGGGUGUCGCUUUGCUGCCAAUGCUUGGUUCUUCUGCUAUCGGAUCGACUCUCGCUGGUGCGGCGUCGAGUAAGAAGAAUAACACGUUUGCGGUCAACGUCAUUGGUGCUGCCCUCAUGCUUAUUGGAACUGCAACCUUGUCUACGCUCGAUAACAACUUGGCCCCACAAGCUCGAGCCUAUGGUCUACAGGUUUUCGUCGGUUUGGGCUUCGGACUGACAGUCAGCAAUUCAACUCUACUAGCUGGCAUUGAAUCGGAGCCACGCGACACCGCAGUCGCACAAGGCCUCAUGGCGCAAGUGCGUGUGCUAGGGGGUAGCGUCGGUAUCGCCGCGUCAACAGCUAUUCUGGGUAUCCAACAACGGCGAGAGCUUCUCGAUCCGAUGAUUCUGGAAGGCGCGCAGCUGGAGUCACUUGCUGAGUCUAUGCGGACACUUUCUCUCAACAAAGUUUUCGCUAUUCGCCAGACAUACACAGAUGCGUUCAACGAGACUCUGGUGGCUUGCUCUGUUGUCAGUGGAGUGGCCCUCCUAGCGACACUCGCAGCGUGGCGAAAGCAUCCCACUGCUAUGAGGAGUAGAACCUAGCAUUUGGUCGGUUGGUGGGUAAUUUGCGCGCCAAUGCACACGAUGCAAGGAGCUCGUCCAAAUAGAGAGGUCUGAAGGACAUGAGUCUGAUGUUUCUUAUUCACG